ACAUUUGGCCAGAUGAGCUAGAAGAUGACCACUGAGAAAUGCAGAAUUCUGCUCCAUAUUUUCUCUGUUCUUGCUUUUCUAUGCCACAAGUCCAGUGACUCCAAUCUUUGUACAUGUUCAGUAUCAGAUAUAGAAAUUGAAAAUGGUUUUUUUUCUGAAUCUGAUUUUACAUAUGCUCUAAAUAGAGAAACAUCAUACAGAUGUAAACAGGGAUAUGUGACAAAUACUGGAGAAACAUCAGGAUCAAUUACUUGCCUUCAAAAUGGAUGGUCACCUCAACCCUCAUGCAUUAAGUCCUGUGAAAGGCCUGUAUUUGAGAAUUCUGUAACUAAGAAUAAUAGCACAUGGUUUAAACUCAAUGACAAAUUAGCCUAUGAAUGUCUCCAUGGAUAUAAAAAUGAAUAUAAACAUACCAAAGGCUCUAUAACAUGUACUUACAAUGGAUGGUCUGAUACGCCCUCAUGUUAUGAAGUUACAUGCUCACCUCCUUAUAUUCCAAAUGUAAUCUACACAUCUCACAGGAUUACAUACAGAACUGGUGAUGUAAUCAGAUAUGAAUGUAAAAAUGGCUUCUAUCCUACAACCGGAUCAACUAUUUCAUGGUGUACAACCUAUGGCUGGAUCCCUCCUCCAAGAUGUAGCUGGAAACAUUGUGAUUUUCCACAAUUCAAAUAUGGACAUCUGUUUUAUGAAGACAGUCUGAAAACCACCUUCCCAGUAUCUAUAGGAAAGAAGUACAGCUAUAAGUGUGACAAUGGGUUUUCACCACCUUCUGGGAAUUCCAGGGACUACCUUCAUUGCACAGCAAAAGGGUGGAAGCCUGAAGUACCAUGCGUCAGGAAAUGUGUUUUCCAUUAUGGGGAGAAUGGAGAAUCUUCAGACAUAGAACAAAUAUAUGUGCAGGGUCAGGCUGUAAAAGUCCAGUGUCCCAGUGGCUAUAGUUUUCCAAAUGAUCAAGACACAAUGACAUGUACAGAGAAUGGCUGGGACCCUCCUCCCAAAUGCUUCCGUAUCAGUAAGUAACCA